CUCUUCUAUAUUUCAAAGACCCUCCUUUGUCUUCUUCCCUCCGAACAGCGCCUUUUAAUUUCUCUGGACAGGAGAAACCAGAAGCGGGAGAAGCCCUAAAAGUUAAAAAGAAAAGAGCAGCAGGGUAGGAAUGUCAGCGACAGCAAGCGUCGGUGGCGGAGGCCAGGAGGAGGAUAAGAAGCCAGCCGAUCAAUCUGCACACAUUAAUCUCAAAGUCAAGGGCCAGGAUGGAAAUGAAGUGUUUUUCAGGAUUAAAAGAAGCACUCAGCUUAAGAAACUGAUGAAUGCAUAUUGCGAUAGGCAGUCGGUUGAUAUGAACUCAAUUGCCUUCUUGUUUGAUGGGCGGAGGCUCCGAGGAGAGCAGACUCCUGAUGAGCUCGAAAUGGAGGAUGGAGAUGAAAUUGAUGCGAUGCUGCACCAGACUGGAGGCGGGUGUGGAAGUCCAUAGCUCUGCUGCUAAUUGGACUACAUUUGAAUACACAGGGAAAUUGCUAUGGAAGGCAGAUACUUGGAGCAAAGUAGUAGUAUCAUAUAUGCCUAUACUAGUUGUGAAUUUGUUAUGCAUGGGUAUUUAUUUGGUCUGGCCUUGUGAUUUAAUACUUUAUGAAGAAGUAUACUGGUAUUAUGCUUCAGAUUUUGCUUUGGCUUUUAUGGUCAUUUGAUGCUUUGUUAAGCACAUCCCGGUUGGCUUAAGUUAAUAGUUUGGGUUUACAAAAUUACAAGGGUUGAUGAGUCACCUCAUGUCAAAUGACCAAAUGCUUUUAGUCUUAUCGAUACUUGUGUUGUUUCAAUUGGCAAAAUUAAUGAAUGUCGACUCAGAGAAAGUUUGCUUCUCUCUUAUUUA